AUGGAGCAAAAGAAAAUUUCUUCCUGUCCAAGUGGAGUCAAUAAUGAUGAUAUGGGUGAUGACAUAUUAUGUGCAAAGCUUCAUUUGGUUGACCUUGCUGGAUCAGAACGCGCAAAAAGAACAGGAGCAGAUGGCAUGCGUUUCAAAGAAGGCAUCCAUAUCAAUAAGGGUUUGCUGGCCCUUGGAAAUGUGAUAAGUGCACUGGGAGAUGAGAAAAAAGGAAAGAAGGUGGCCAUGUCCCUUAUCGAUUCUUUGGGAGGAAACAGCAAAACAGUGAUGAUUGCAUGUGUUAGCCCUGCUGACACAAAUGCAGAGGAGACCUUGAAUACUUUGAAGUAUGCAAAUCGUGCUCGCAAUAUUCAGAACAAAGCAGUGGUCAAUCGUGAUCCAAUGGCUGCUCAAAUGCAGCGAAUGAGAAGCCAAAUUGAGCAAUUGCAAGCUGAACUAUUAUUUUAUCGUGGUGAUGCAACCAUCCCAUUCGAUGAGCUUCAGAUACUCAAGCACAAAGUAUCAGUGCUUGAAGUGAGUAAUGCUGAAUUACAACGGCAACUUCAAAAACGACAACUCACCUGUGAACAUUUGAAUCAACGUGCUGUUGAUGCUCAGGUUGAAAAGGACAAACUGAUAAUGCAAAUUGAAUCAGCUCGAAAUGGUAAAUCCUGGGAUGAGAUUGACUCCACCACAAAUCAGGAUUGUGAUUUGAUGAAAAUGUAUGUGUCAAAAAUUCAAGAGUUAGAAGGAGAGUUAUUGCAUUUGAAAAACUUGUCCAGCUCAAAGCAUAGUCAAUUUGUUGGUUAUCUUGACUUGGAUGAUGAGAGGCUCACCUCCAAAAAUGCUUUACUUCAAUCUCUAAAUGACCUUUCAUCCAGUUCUGAUACAAAAGCAGCAGACAUUUCAGAUCAAGUUGAAGAUGAGGAAAAAGAGCUGGAGCAUUCUUCUCUCCAAGAAGAAUUGGACAGGGAGCUGAAAGAAUUGGACCAAAAACUAGAGCAAAAGGAGGCUGAAAUGAAACGUUUUGCAAGUGUGGAUACUUCAGUUCUUAAGCAACAUUAUGAGAAGAAAGUUCAGGAUUUAGAACAAGAAAAGAGGCUUUUGCAGAAAGAGAUUGAGGAUUUGAGAUACAAUCUUGCAAAUAUAUCAUCCACUUCUGAUGAUGGUGCUAAAAAACUAAAGGAAAACUAUCUUCAAAAGUUGACAGUCCUUGAGGCACAGGUUGCAGAGUUGAAGAAGAAACAAGAUGCUCAAGCUCAAUUAUUGAGACAAAAACAAAAGAGUGAUGAGGCGGCAAGACGACUAAAUGAAGAAAUUCAGAGAAUCAAGACUCAAAAGGUCCAACUUCAACAUAAGAUCAAACAAGAGUCUGAGCAAUUCAGAUUAUGGAAGGCAUCAAGGGAAAAGGAAGUUCUUCAGCUUAAGAAAGAGGGCAGAAGAAAUGAGUACGAGAUGCACAAGUUGUUAGCUUUGAAUCAGAGGCAGAAAAUGGUGCUACAAAGAAAGACAGAAGAAGCUGCCAUGGCUACAAAAAGGCUAAAAGAGCUUUUAGAAUCAAAAAAGAUGUCCUCACGCGAAACUAUUGGUGCUGGAAAUGGCAACGGUGCUGGAAUUCAGGCAAUUGAGCAUGAGCUUGAAGUCACAUUACGGGUACAUGAAGUACGUUCUGAGUAUGAGCGUCAAAUGCAAGAGAGAGCUAGAAUGGCCAAUGAAAUUGCAAAACUAAAGGAAGAAGCAGAGAUACUUAGACAAACUAAUUCAAGUGAUUGCCCCUCGGCAAUGUCUCCUGGAGCUAGAAAUUCGAGGAUUUUUGCUCUUGAAAACAUGCUUGCUGCUUCUUCUAGCACCUUGGUUUCCAUGGCAUCACAAUUGUCAGAAGCAGAAGAACGCGAACGGGGUUUUAGUGGAAGGGGACGUUGGAAUCAAGUUCGGUCACUUGCUGAUGCAAAAAAUGUGAUGAAUUAUCUGUUCAAUAUAGCAUCCUCCAACAGGUGCUUGUUGAGGGAUAAAGAAGUUGACUACAGAGAAAAAGAUACCGAAAUAAGAGAUCUAAAGGAAAAGGUGGUGAAACUUAGUAGUUUAGCAAGGCAUCUUGAAAUGCAGAGGGCAGAACUUAUUCAUCAAGUGAAGUCACAGAGUUCAGCGUUGAAGAAAUACUCCAUCAAAAGUGAGGCUGAUUCUGAAGGACGUAAGCAUGACAUGAAUAGAGAGGCACAACAGAUCACCCCCAACAUACUAGAUGAUAUGGAUACAUCUGAAUCUGAACAUUCAGUUAAUGAUUUGACAGAUGAUGAAUGGGUACAGUCAGAGAAAGAAGCGACAGAUGAUGAAUGGGUAAUGUCAGGGAAACGGCGAGGAAAGAAAAGAAAUUCCAAAACCAAAGGUCGUUCGAGUACAGGAGAUAUCUACGAUGAUGGAAACUCCAAAUCAGAUUGUUCUGGUGAGGCAGACACUACUGUUCAAGUAUGCUGUGCUUGUAGUAAAUACUCUUUAUGCAAGACAUCCAAGUGCCAGUGCCGAGCAUCUGGUGGUUCUUGUGGGACAUCGUGCGGCUGUAUGCCAAAUAAAUGUUCUAACAGAGGAGCUACUGAGCUGGAUGAUUCGGCAAUUGGAUCUAAUGAAAUAGAGAAGAAUCAGGUACUUGUUUCUCAUGGUGCAAUGCUGCUACAAAAUGCCCUGGUUGAGAAGCCUUUGGAAACAAAUGAUGAUAGUGUGAUGAGAAGGAAGCCUCUGUCUGACAUAGGCAAUACAGUGGCUAAAUCCAAUGCACCAAAGGCAAACCAGAGAAAGAAAUGGCGGAAAUCAGUAAUUCAGCUUGUUCCUGUUCCCCCACCCAGCACAAAAUCAGAAAACAAUGAAGCCGCCGGACCCCAAAAGGCUGAUAAAGGUGCAAGCGAAGCAGACAUUCCUUUGAAGUUACCCAGAGCUAUGCGAUCGGCUGCACCAAAUAGUGUAAGUGAAACAGAUAAUAGUGCAAUUGAGGCAGAAAUUCCUUUAAAGCUGCCGAGGGCUAUGCGAUCAGCUGCUGCACCAAAUGGUGGCAUCCUUUUGAGAGAGAGGAAUGCUGAUCAAGCAGAAGAAUCAGUAAAUAAGGAGGUGGCUGGUGUGCUUCCUACCAGAAGCCCUGCCCGACCGAAAAGAAAAUCUGAUGAGAAAGAGAACUGUGGCCGCUAA